ACGUUGCCUCGAGUGGAACUUUCCGCGCGACUUCCCUCCAAGGAUCAACGGCCAGCCAGUUUGUUAACUAGUCCAGCAACCAACAGUUAGUUUUGUGUUUUUUGGGAUAUUCAGAAUCUGGGAAAGUUAAGGAUUAAAGGUUAAGCCUCAGCAGCGUCAGGUUUUGGAAGGCAUAGUGCAUUCUUGCUUGUCCUUUUCAUUGAAGGAGGUGUGUCACUGGCAGAAUAGUGAAUUUCCGGAAGUCGGAAAUAAAGUUCCUGGUACCUCCCCCCCUCGCCUCGUAUACGACAGACGGUCAUCUGGCGCGAUUAGCCAAAUCCCCAGAAGGGUGUCACCAAGUCAAGUGGAUAAUUGUUCUUCCGUCGGCGGAAAACUCUUUGAACUAAGUUGUGUGACAUGGUUGUCGUUUAGUUGUAUAGUUGUACGAAACAUGAAUUGUGCCGUCGGGUGAAUUGAAAUCACAGAAUCACCUUAAUUUUUCCCCUAAAAUCCGGAACCGUUUUUUGGACAAUGCUAUCGGAAACCUAGCCUGAAACAUAGAAAGUGGUAGGCGAGCUGGAAGCAGCAACAGGUGGUUCUGGCUGAUUCCGGAAGUUGUAAAACCAGUGUAGCCCCACCCGUAUAUUAGUUGUGAUUUUCCGCCGGAUCCGGAGGCACGGUCACCUGUGCCAAGUUCUAUGUUCGAGCUGGAUGAACAACGGGAAAAGCUGAGACUACUGGAGACUCCAGUCAAGCAGGUCGAAACUACAGGCAAAGGUGAAGCUGGCAAAUACCCGAAGGACCUAGCCGGGGCCGGACUGGACGGUUCGGCGGCACUCAACGGCAGUGAAAACGGCACCAACGAGAACGGCGGCAGCGGCGGGGGCGGAAGUGAAACAGUGGCCCUGGCGAUGACCACCCUCGGGCAAAUGAAGGCCGCCUCGGCACGGAAGGCUGCCCAUCUGAUGGACCGGGCUGAUUCCGAUCAGCGCGAAACCUGGUCCGGCAAGGUGGACUUCCUGCUAUCGGUGAUCGGUUUCGCGGUGGACCUGGCCAACGUGUGGCGCUUCCCGUAUCUCUGCUACAAAAAUGGUGGCGGUGCGUUCCUGGUACCGUACGGCGUCAUGUUGAUCGUUGGAGGUAUCCCUCUGUUUUAUAUGGAGCUGGCCUUAGGUCAGUUCAAUCGAAAGGGAGCCAUCACCUGUUGGGGCCGUCUAGUGCCACUCUUCAAAGGUAUCGGUUACGCAGUAGUACUUAUUGCCUUCUACGUCGACUUCUAUUACAACGUGAUCAUCGCCUGGUCGUUGAGAUUCUUCUUCGCUUCGUUCACCAGUCAGUUACCGUGGACGUUGUGCGACAACGAGUGGAAUACGCCGCUCUGUAAACCGUUCGAGUUCGGUGGAGCUAACCGGACGGCAGCAGCCGUUUCGAGCAUCAUAACGACCACCACGAUCAACGGCACGCUCACCAAUGUGACCACGGCUGUUGUGGGUAAUGAAACGAAGUUCACCUCGGCGGCUGCCGAGUACUUUAACCACUACAUUCUGGAGCUGAACAAAAGCGCCGGACUGCACGACCUUGGUGCCAUCAAGUGGGAUAUGGCCGUCUGCUUGUUGGUGGUUUAUCUGAUCUGUUACUUCUCGCUGUGGAAGGGUAUCAGUACGUCCGGAAAGGUCGUCUGGUUUACGGCCUUGUUCCCGUAUGCAGUGCUUAUGAUUUUAUUGGUUCGUGGAAUCACCCUUCCUGGAUCAGCCUCCGGCAUUCAGUACUAUCUGAGUCCGAACUUCGACGUGAUCUACAAACCUGAGGUAUGGGUCGAUGCUGCGACACAGGUGUUCUUCUCACUGGGUCCUGGCUUUGGAGUCCUACUGGCUUAUGCCUCGUACAACAAAUACCACAACAAUGUCUACAAGGACGCUCUGCUGACCAGUUGUAUCAAUUCGGCGACCAGCUUCGUGGCGGGUUUCGUGAUUUUUUCGGUACUCGGGUACAUGGCCCACGCUAGUGGACAAAACAUUGAGGACGUUGCCACCGAAGGACCGGGGUUGGUGUUUGUGGUUUAUCCAGCAGCCAUCGCGACCAUGCCCGGAAGUAUCUUUUGGGCGCUCAUAUUCUUCAUGAUGUUGCUCACCUUGGGAUUGGACAGUUCGUUCGGUGGAUCUGAAGCUAUCAUUACUGCGUUAAGUGAUGAAUUCCCGAAGAUCGGACGUAAUCGAGAGGUGUUUGUGGCCGGUCUGUUUACGCUGUAUUUCUUCGUUGGAUUGGCUAGCUGUACCCAGGGAGGUUUCUACUUCUUCCAGCUGUUGGAUCGUUAUGCUGCUGGCUACUCGAUACUGAUAGCUGUGCUGUUCGAGGCGAUUGCUGUUUCGUGGAUUUACGGAACCGAACGCUUCUGCGAAGACAUCCGGGACAUGAUCGGAUUCGCUCCAGGCAUCUACUGGCGAGUGUGCUGGAAAUUCGUCGCCCCUCUAUUCCUGCUCUUCAUCAUCAUCUAUGGCCUGAUCGGAUACGAACCCCUCAGCUACGAGGGCUACGUAUAUCCGCCGUGGGCCAACGUCCUCGGCUGGUGCAUUGCCGGCUCCUCGAUGAUCAUGAUCCCUCUGGUAGCUUUUUACAAGUUGAUCGUUACGCCUGGGUCGUUCAAGCAAAGAAUUAAAAUUCUAACGACUCCGUGGCGAGAUCAGCAGCUGGCGAUCAACGGCGUUACGACGGAACCGGCCCAAGUUCGGUUAACCAAUUCGGACGAAGGCGAAGAGGUUUGAGUGCAAUCCUUUUCGCUGAAGUUUGACAUCUAUUUCGUUUGAGUAAAUAGGAGGAAGAAGCAUGAUGAGAUUCGAUGCGGAAGUUCGACUACCGGUUCGGUUGUUUAGCGAAAUCCAUUUAGCUUGUAGUAAUGUUAGGAAUAAAAUUUUGAAAUCGAUAUAAUCAUACCAGAAGCAGCUGUGGUUUGUGUGGGCUACCGCUAUUUUAAUAGGCUUAUGAUAAAUGAAACUCCACAAAUAUUUCGAAAACAGUGUUGAACUGCUGUUGGAGAAGGUUGAAGCUCUCUAAGAGCUUCAACAAAACAUGGGAUUAGCGAAACGCUAGAUCUCAACCUGUAUAAGCUGAAGGUUGAACUCAAAUGCUGUAUAGAUAAUAUAGAUCGAACAGAUUUCACUACUGUAAGAAAGAGAGGUGUAACAAGCGAAUUGACUCAUAAUAAGGAAAUCGGAUAGCACGUGGCUACGGAAUUGUAAAUAUCGUGCGAUGUAGCCACUUUAGAUGACCAUUUCCGGUGUAACUCGAUGACUUAUCUAUAGAUAAACCAAACACAAUGUAUCUGUACACUCGUUACCAGUUUUCUAUGGCCGUUGAUGAUAGAGUAUUCUAUAAGGAUAGGCUUCGCAUAGCAGAAGAAAUGAGAAGACAGAGAGAGAGAGGAUAUCUUAUGAAAAUGUAAAGAAAAUCUCACUUGUUAGUCCAGUUGCAAGGUUUGUACCCCGACUAAAAUGCUUAGCUCCUCAAAACCCUAAACGUACAAUGCCUUGCCUCCACGCUUUAGGUACCAUUUUUUGUUUUAGACCACUUGACUUUUUUAGAACAAAAUGGAGCGCACGCGCCCGACAAAGCUUUGCAGCCAUAAAGCUUCGUUCGGGUGUUGAAUUUCAAGACGGGAAUUAGAAUGAUUCUUUUUUAUGCCCUUUUAUCUUUUUUGUUCUACUUGUUCUAUACAAAGAGCUAUUCUUGCAGUAAACAGUAAAAAGUUAACUAACUUCACUAGAAAAAAAAACAAAAGCUAUAUAUAAUAUAAUAUUCCGGAGAAAUUGCUAGCUUGAACCCAUGUCGUGACAAAUCAUGUUAAAGGCACGCGAACCGCUUCAUCAAAUUUUUGUAUAGUAAAGCUCUCUAAAGUGUGUGAAAAUGUGAAAUAUCGAAUUUAGGCGAGCUUUUUGGGCGGGCAACGAGCGAGAGUGCUCGAUUUUGUUGAGCACAGUUCGAAAGCUCUGAGCUAUGAGCAUUUGUUGAUCUAAUUGACAAACUUGUAUCGUUUUGAAGUGUACAACUGAAAAAAGUAAUUGUGAACAUCAAUCUUACCCAUAGACAAAACUGAAAAAAAAACAAAACGGAAUGAGGAAGUUGAUCCCUGCUUUUAAAGAUUUUCUGUUGCGAAUUGAAGGUUUUAAGUUGAAAAAAUCCUUUGAAUCCAAAGUUUUUCUGACAUUGAGAUUUUUCUAAAUAUUUUUUGCUUUGAACUGUUUUCAGGGGUUCUAAUCUAUUUUUCUAUUACAAAGGUAGGUUCUUCUUGUCUUGUCUCCCAAUCAAAGAUCGGAAAUAUAGAAUGAGCAUUACUGUGUAAUUUUUCUUGAACAGCCAUCAAGUGAUUUUACACCACCCAUAGAAAUCUUUCACAUGAGACUAAGAUAGUAGAAAUUGUCAAUAUUCAACAUUUUUUGAGGUAUCUACUAAAAAAAUAUUUGUUAAUUCAAAAAAAAAAAAUAUCUUCAAACAGCCAUUGAAGAUGUUUUUGGAAAUAUUAAAAAACAAUUGAAUUGAAAAAAAAAACUUUAAUUUCGUUAUUAAUAAAAAUAUUUUUUUUAAUUAGGUACAACUUAUUGUAAUGGAGAUAAACUUCCGAUUUCAAUAUUUCACCAACAACAAAAAAAAAACAUCUACUUCGCAGAAAACAAAAAAAAUACAAGUGUUCCCCUUUUGCGGCAAACGAAAUAAAUAAUUUGUCUAAAGAAAACUAACGUAUGACGACCACACAUCAACUUGGUGUUCCCCUUUUAGCAGAUACGAAUCGGAUAAGAAAUACUGUAACACUUAUAACUGUUGCUAGCCAAACAAAAAAUAAACCAAUCAAAAAUGCUUCAAAUUAAUAGGUACAAGUAAAAUUGAAAAACAUAAAACAAAAAUUUAGAACUCGAAGAGUUUCCAACAAUAUUUGUAAGCCCACACAUUUUUGAACAACAUAAAAAAAAAACAACAAAGCUGUUAUAACUUCAGUCGUUGAGAAAGACGAAAGUAAUUUUCCUUCUUGCAUAACUACGUAGCUAAAAACUUACUUAUCUAAUUGUUUUCGUAAAGUUUUUCGCGAGGUCAGGAUCAGUGGACAACGAAUGUUUGUUUAGAAGCGUUUUAAUGAUGUUAUGAUAUGAUAACACAUUUACGAUAUGAUUACGAAUGUGUAAACCCCCCCCGGUUCCUUGUUGCUCCUUUGCACCAGAUAAUAUUAUUGUCUACCAAUUGUUUUACAGAGUGAUUAUUUUACAUAAUAAAUAUUGAUUUUUUAAA